UGCGCCUCUGCUCCGCUCCCGGUAAGACGUCCGGUCGUUCAACCAGCAGCGUCGCCCGGUCCGCCUGACCGCUCGUCGAAGCAGUCCCCAACGCUGCCUCGAUCAUGUUGAAUUCCCCCAGCUUGGCUGAAGCAACCCGUCGUCCCCCCGUGGCCAUGGACUCGAGAACAACCGCGCCGGCGGAGCCUCCUACCAAGCGACCCCGGUCUCCGUCCAGUGAACUGCCCCCGAUUGCCUCCAAAGUCCCCAAGACGCAUUCGAACCACCUGCAGAUCAACUACCUGGCGCGCCAGUAUUCCGACAACCUCCCGCUCGUCUCCACGGAGGAUACAUUGCCCGCCAUCCUGCGACUCAUUGGCGAGUACGACGGCGUGUUGCAUCGCCAUGAGAGUAUCGCCGGCAACCUGGGCGCGUGUCCCCUGGGCCCCAUCCUGAUCAAGCGCUUCGAGCGCCUGUUUGACGGGCCCCCGCAUGUGCUCAAAUCCCACGGCAAGGAGGGCAGUACAGUCACCUGGCUGGAUAUCGUCGAAUUCGCCAAGAACAAGCCCGAGCAGUUCAACCUGGAAAAGACCCGCAAUGGCGUGCGCGUCUGCCAGUUCUAUACGAAGCAGUGUCGCGUCGAGAUCUCCGAGGAAGACUACGUGUUGAUCGCCUCGGGCAUGCCGCAGAAAAUGAUCCCCCCGCAACCGAUCGUCGAGGACGAGGAGAAGGAACUGGGCGCCCUGGAGAUUCUCGAGAAGAAUCUGCAGCAAAUCAUCCAGAUGGCAGAUCAAGUGUCUGCGCGCGCACGACAGCUCAACCAUCGUCUGAAGAACCGCAGGACGGCCAUCAUCAGCAGACGGGAGAACGACGCGUCCCUGCACUCGCAGACAUCCCGUUCGAUCAGUCCGGCCUGGCGGGACGCCAACGGAGUCCCUCAGGGUCCCGUCAACAACAGCAACGGUCAUGCCAAUCCCCAGUCGCCCCCCUCUGGCUUCGUCGCUGUCAACACGCACCGUGCCGGUCCGGCAGAGCAGCCGCAGGAGGAGAACAGCAAUCUAUCCUCCCAGUUCAUGUUUUCCCACCCGAAUGCUGAGAACAUCACCAUCAUCAACGGGACCUCGAUCAAGGGCGCAUCUCCGACCACCCGUGCCGAGUUGAUGAAGAAAUUCUUUACCACCGCUGAUCGUCAAGCUCGCGGAUACCCGCCCGAGGAGGAUAUGCAGCAGAUGGGCCGCCAAUCUGCGCGUCCGCGGCCUCGCGGUUCGGACGCCAGUGAAUACUCCACCAGCGUAUAUGCCGGAGUGUCCGGGACGGUGGCGAUCCCCAGUACCCCAUCGUCGUUGCUGCCGCCACCGAAAUCAUCCAGUCACUACGAUCGCGACGACGGUGGUCCCUACAAGAUGGAAAUGGUCACGCGGAUGGAAGAGCUGCAACGGGGCGAGCGCGUGCUGCCCCCAUGCGACCGCUGCCGUCGUCUUCACAUGGACUGUCUGAAGAACCUGACGGCAUGUAUGGGCUGCACCAAGAAGCACGCCAAGUGCUCCUGGAAGGACGUCAAGGAAGAGGAGCUGCGAGAAUUCCGGCCGCCGGUCCGCAACCGGGAGGCCACGGAUGAAUCCCACCGCGAGGACACUGCCGCGCCGCCUCCGACUCAAGCGGAGCGGGAGCGAGAACCGGUGCCGGGCAACAAUUCCCGCAGUGAGUCCGCCCCUAGCCGUCCCGCUUCGGAAACGCAACAGUCCCAGCAAUCCCGGGAACCUGCUUUACCUCGCCGUGCUGCCAGUGAGAUCCAGGGCAGCGCGGUCUCGAGUCAUGAUCGACGGCUCAGCAUCAACCGCAACGGCCCGGUGCAGGAUGACGAUGAUCCCGAUGCCAACCAGCGGCUGAUGCAGGCCAUCAUGGAUACCGUCGAUCAUCAUGCACGCGUGGCGGCCGCUGUGAAGGAACGGGGAGAGGAUAUCACAGAUCGAGACCGAGAACGGAGGAUGGCCAAGGCAUGAUCCUACAUCUGCGGUCUGCAACGCGUUUUCUUCUCCUUCCUCCUGAUAUCAUGACAUGUUGUCUCGUUUAUGGGACUUACCGAACAAUCGCCAUAUUCAUGGUUUCGUUUGAUCAGCAUCUUUUUCCCCUCUUGUUUUGCAUGGAUUGAAAAGCUCCGUGUCUUGGCUGCAGAGAUAGCCGUGU